AUGCCUUCAAAGCAUGCAGCACAGCACGACCGGCCGUCUCCAGUCAAAGCACCGCGAGUCUUCUCUUUCCCAAGCAGCCACCACUUGAUCGUCACCACAAACGAGCACGUGCUUGCAUGGGACGCACAAGGCCUGAGGAGCAUCUUUGGCUCACCAUCCGGAGGCAUCCUCGCAGCGAAAGAAGCCAAAGAUGGCAGCGGGCUGCUGGCGAUUGCCGACAGCCAGGUCGGCCAGAUCCGCCUGCUCGAAUACGCCAAUGAUUCGAAGUGUCUAUUCUUCACCACCACGCUGCAGAAUGCCGUGCAGUCCUACUCCCUCCAUCAGUCCCGCCUUCUAGACCCCGCCCACACGCAUCCUUCACCGCCGACUGUCUUAGCAACAUCAAAAACCACGCAUCUCCUACUUACAGCUUCCGAAAGUCCACCAACGAUAUACCUCCAAAACCUUACUCUACGUACCCCGCCAUUACUGCUCCAACCUCGUGCGUCCGAUAGUGCUGUUGUGGUGGCCGCGUUCCACCCUGAACGACCGAGCGUGUUCCUUCUAGCUUUCGCGGAUGGGGUACUGGCAGCGUACGACGCGACGCGCAUCCUACGAGAUGGAACCAGGGCGCCACAAAAAGUUGAGGCGAGCAGAACAAGCCGCGCGGGAGAGAUUGGUCACCUCAGCAGGCUGCAUCAUGUCACAGCGCCGCACGCCACGGCUCUGAGCGCAUCGGAUCUUCAAGAACAGGAGGAGGCUGACGGUACAGAUCCCGCACGUACGCGCAGCAGGAGUGUCGGAAUCACCGGCGCAGCCUUCUUGCCCGGCCACAGAACGAGAGCUGUCAGUGUGGGUGGAGAUGGAAAAUGUCGGCUCGUUGACUUCGACUGCGGCGGGAAGAUCCUGAGGACCUGGCAUGUCCGGGGACCUGCGACAAGCUUGUCGGUUCUACAGCUGCCGGUUUCUGCCGAAAGCAGGAAAGAGCACGAAGCGGAAAGGAAGAUGCGGCAAACAACAAGGACGUCGGACAGUACUGCCGGUGAUGGUGAUGGGAGCAAUAUCAUCGCGAUUGGGAGGAUGGAUGCCAGGGUUAUGCUCUUCGAUUCUGUGGGUUUACUGCUUGCUGAGCAAACUCUUCACGCUGAGUCCAGCUGUGUCAUCAACCUGGAAUGGAUCAAGGGACCAACUUUGAAGGCUGUAUCCAAGUCUGAGAGAGACAAAUUCGCUCCUGACACCUUCGUUGAUAACCCAUCCUCAAGCGGACCGACGAAGAAUGCCAUGACCAGCACGAAGGGCGAGCAACCAGUAACAGGCUCGAGAUCUCCGCUUGUUCAAAAACCUGUCUGGGAUCGCCGGUUUCAUGGCCAGCAAAAGCGCGAAGAAGGCCGACGGACCUCAACGAGCAAUACCAUGGACAGCGAAUCAUCAUCGAACAACCCAGACUCUGGCACGGUUAAUCACGUUAUCAUUGAGGGACCUCUCCACCGCGAUCUUCCGGUAGUGACCACCGCGAACUACAUGGACUUCUUCUCACCUGUUAAACACUCACCAGAGAAGUCCGCGCCCCAAAGAUCCCCGCAACGCCGUCCAACUCGCACAAGGCCCCGUCCACGGAUUUUGAGCUCGACGUUCAUAGACAACGCCGCUUCUUCGCCUUCGUCACCAGCCAACGCCGUGCCCCGUUUGGCUGCCAACGAAGAUCCCGAGCCAGGUGCUGCAGCGCGCUCUCCGCGUGGCUCACUAGCCGCAGCAAUGACACCUAGACUUACCAUCCCAAGACCUGGGCUCGUUGAGCCCGCUUUCAGGCCGUCACCUGCAAAGCAACCAAGACAGAUACCAUCUGCCGUCCACUCAAGUCCACGUAGCCGCAAGGCACGCCGUGUCUCUUACCGACGUAACAUGCCCGGCUCCUUUCCCUCAACCUCAAUUAUGAGCACCAGUGCUACCUCUACCUCCCGAUCUGAAUCUAGCCGCAGCAUGUUAAGUGGCAACUCUACGUUACUGGCUGAACUCAGUCGUAUUGCAGCAAAUGGUAUCAGUGGUGCCGGCGGAGCCAGGACCGGUUCAACAGCUUUACUAGCGCCGUACAUGGAGAAGCUUAGGCGACCUACAAAACCACGAGCUGAGGCUGCACGUCCCCAGAACACGAAGUACGAGAUGUCAGGCGCACUUCCACUAGACCACGUCCGUGCCGCCAAGGCCUCAAGGCUUGCCUCGCCGGAUGCAGACGAUAUCUGGCUAACCUCUUCGGAAGACGAGUCCUCAGUCCGGCGACCCACCCGCCGCCCCUCCAAGCCAUUGGGUUUAGAGACACGGAGACGUUCUCCGGGGGGUCGGCGGAACCGACCUUUAAAGACGAAUCCACCCUCAACACUCGACCACCCGCUUGGUAACCCUGACCGUUCGCAUUUCUCAUCAUCCGAAGACAUGAUAACCGCGUCUGCAUCAACAGCGCGGCCGUACCGUUCGGGUGAGAUGUUUGUAGCUCCUUCGGCUUCGACAGGGAGCCCCUGUACUACCGAAUCGCUUGAUUUCCCCAAAGAUUAUCUACGCCAAGGUAAGGGGGUUACGCAUGACGACCACCGACGCGUGCAGAGUCCUCACAGCUGCACAGAGGAGAAUGUUAAGCUCCUGCCAGGCAGAGCGUUAAGUCCACAGGGCCCGGUGACAGUGAACAGAUACUUCCCAAGGCAUAGCUCGCUGAAGAGCUCGUUGGCGCUGUCAAAGAUCUACGCCGAGAAGCCGAGGAGGAAGAGUGGCGCCGGAAAGGCGAAGGUGAAACUGGAGGUUGAGACGGAGGAAGCUUGGGAGGAUGAGGAGGAUGGUAGCGUGGUGACUAGGCAUGGGAACGAUGCAGCGCAGAAGGGAAAGGGGAUGGCUGCGGAAGAUUGUGAUUGUGGGAAGGAGUGCUGUAGUCGAUUGCGUGCAGAUGUCGAGGAGAUGAGACGGGAGAUGCAUCACUUGAAGGCGUUGGUUGAGAGCUUGACGGCGAGGCGUUAG